AACGAGCGAGCUACCGUACACUUAAAACGAGGCGCGGAUAAAUCCGAGCAGCGCGACAAAGAACGAACGUCCUUUUCGUAAUUUUUCCUUUGGGCUGCCGAUCACAGUGGACAAAUAAUUUACCUAGUUCCUCACGCUCGUUUCUCUCCUUUCCAAUAAUCGAGCUUUAAAGCUCUCUCUGCAAGUUCAAAGCUCUCAAAGUCUUCUAGCAAAAAGAAAGAAGGAACAAAGAAAAGAAAUGGAAGCACUGACCUUGAGCUGGAUUCUAGCAAUGGCUGCUUUGUGUGUUUUCCUGGCGCUCGUCUGGAGAUUAAGGCUGCCACCAUCCAUGAAUUUGCCACCGGGACGAAUGGGCUGGCCUCUCGUCGGCGAGACUCUAGAGUAUCUCGCAACCAGGCCGAUCGGAGUGCCUCAGCCUUUUAUUGCGAAAAGAGUCGCACGGUACGGGAGUAUCUUCAAGACGCACCUGUUCGGGUGUCCCACGAUCGUGACGACUGAUCCGGACUUUAACAGGUUUGUCCUCGCCAACGAAGGGAAAUUGUUCCAGAGCUCCUAUCCCGCUGGCGUUGAUCGCGUCCUCGGCAAGUUCUCGAUGGUGCAGGCCAGCGGCGAGCUCCACAAGAGGAUGCGAGCUUUGACGGUGAGCUUCAUGCAAGCCCAGAGUCUCAAGGACAAUUUCCUGCAAACAAUUCAAGCGCGAGUGAUCAGUCUCUUGUCAACUUGGGAGGGACGAGUUGUUAAGAUCCAGGACGAAGCACAAUCGCUGUCAUUCGACUGUAUUGUUGGUCACGUCCUGGGCAUGGAUCCUGGAGCAGAGAACACAAAAACCAUAAAGGAGGACUUUUUCAACUUGGUGUACGGUUUGACAAUACCUUUGAGAAUCCCGGGAACUCGGUACUGGACAGCCAUGAAGGGACGGCAAAACAUCGUGAGGCUCGUCGAGCAAAUGGUCGCGGAGAGAACGACAAAGCCUUGCACAGCUCGCAAAGAUUUCCUUCAACAAUUGCUACAGGAUGACAAUGGAAAGAAUCUCACCUUGGAACAGAUAAGCGACUUCAUCGUGUUCAUGCUCUUUGCAGCACACGAUACAACAGCGACAGCAAUGACCAUGGCGAUCAAAUACCUUCUGGCUAAUCCACAAGCGCUAAAUCAGCUGCAGGAAGAACACCUUGAGAUUCGAAGGAACAAAAGGAGUCCAGACGAACCACUAGAAUGGAAUGAUUACCUUCAAAUGACCUUCACUCAACACGUUAUAAACGAGACACUGAGGCUCACUAACGUGCUAACAUCUGCCCAUAGGAUAGCUCUGCAAGACGUUCAAACUGAAGAAGGAUAUGUGAUACCGAAGGGCUGGAAAGUGGUUUCCAGCUGGACCACGAUACAUCUCAAUCCAAAACUUUACGCAGAACCAUUAGAGUUCAACCCCUGGCGCUGGAAGACUCAAAGCGUUAAGUACUUCACUCCUUUUAGUGGCGGCCCAAGAUUUUGUACCGGAUCUGAGCUAGCUAGACUGGAGAUCGCGCUUUUGCUGCAUUUUAUCAUAACCAAAUACUCGUUGCACCCUGCUGAAGACGACGAAGCUGUUUAUUUUGGAACUGUGAAAAUGCGGAAAGGUCUCCCUGUUACUGUCACCAAACUCUCACAGAUUCUAUAGCUUUCUACAAAAAAAACCGAGCGAUAGUUAGUGUCAAAGCAAAAUGAAACCACACUUACACAUCAGAUUAGACUUCUUCGGACAAAUAAUAAGAGACGUUAGCAUGUUAAAACGCGUAGAAAAGAAACUAGCGACAGUGCUUCAUGGCUAUAACUUGAACGUCAACCAAAUUAAAACUUGCUCAA